GGUAGAUGUCGGCGUCAGGUUCUGGGAGCCGGUGUAAUGGAAAGGUACGAGGCAGCCAUGGUGCUGGGAGCUCUUGGGAAUGCUAUCGGUUAUCACAAUUUUUGCAAUGAAUGCAACAAACCUGGAGUAAAAUUGACGGAAUCAGAUUUAUCAAGAGAAAUAGACAUAAUGAUUUCUGAACCAUUUCGAUGCCCGGCUCCAUUUGAUACUCUCAUGCACAUAGCAACUGCGGAAUCAUUAACCUCUGAAAGGGGUUCCGUCCAAGAACUGUGCAGCCAGGCAGCGAAGAGAUACCUCAUUACACUGCAUAGGUGUCAAAAAUGUCAUCCAAAAAUCGUAUCAGACGGAGCCCAAGUUCAGACAAAAAACUAUGCAUCCAAAGGAUACACUUCCUUCGGUAGAAAAGAACCUAAAUUUGGAGCAGCUGCAAGAACAAUGUGUAUUGGUAUGUGCUAUUCAAAGGCAGAGCAACUGAAUGACCUCCUCCAAGCCAGCAUUGAAUGUGGUCGAAUGACGCACAGUUAUCCAGCAGGCUUUCUAGGUGCUUUCUGUACAGCACUUUUUAUAUCAUACGCUGUUCAAGGGAAGCCUAUUGUUCAGUGGGGAUGGAGGAUGAUGGAAGUAAUGCCAACUGCGGAACAGUACUGUGAAAGGAAGAUGAAGCACUUUUCAGAUUAUCGUGAAAACUGGUUUUCUUUUGAAACUAGAUGGCAAUUUUACCUUCAGCUGAGGAAAAUUGAGAAGGAUGGCUGUGAUAAUGCAAUAUUUCCUCAAAAUUAUGAUAUUGAAGAACAAAACAAGCUGUAUAGACGCUGGCGUUCUGAAUCAAGUGGAUUGAAUAAAGGACUUGAAGCAACAUUGAUUGCUUAUGAUGCACUUUUGUUUGCUGGGAAUGAUUGGAGGAAGCUGUGUUAUUCUGCAAUGUUUCACUGGGGGGAAAGUGAUGCAACAGGUGCUAUUGCAGGUUCUCUAUAUGGAAUUCUCUAUGGAUUUGACAAUGUCCCUACGAGUCUUUACCAGAAUCUAGAAUUAAGAAGCCAUCUAGAACAGCUGGGGAGGCAGCUGUACCAGAUUGCUACUGCAGACAGGAUUUUGUGUCUCAGUGCAGAUCAUAGCCAAGGAAAUGAGUCUUUAGAUGUGCGUCCAAUUGCCAGGGAGUUUGUGAACAAGCGCAGGAGUGACGAAAUCAACAAUCUGAUCAAUUACAUAGCUCAGCAAGAAAAGGUAAAGAGUACAAACAACGAAGACUCUGUACGCCUGACGAAUGAUUUAGUUACUGCACAAGUCUCCAGAAAGGCAAAAGCACAUAAAACUGAGGAAAAACUUAGACCUACUAAAUUUCAGCUCCUGCAGUCGAGGUUUACAAAGAUUGGUUUUCGAAGUAAGCUGGAGAAACUACAGCCUCCCGAGCCUAAGGCGGUAGCAGUGUUAGAGCAAUCUAACAGCACUGCAGAUUCUCAGAGCACUGCGACUAAUGUUUCCACGGUGGGCAAAAGAAAUACCAAUGUUACUGAAGUGCAUUGCCCUACUGACUUGAAAGUUAAAGAAAAAUGUGAGCUUACAAAUAAUAAAAUGGAAGCUGGUGUUUUUGAAAGACCAAUUGCUGAAAGUAAUAUUGAAACUUUAAGUCCUGCAACAGCACAAGCCUAUGUUACUACUUCUAAAUUUCCCACAAUGGACAGCAGACAUACCAACUUUACUGAAAUGCAGACUUUUGAUUUGAAAGUUCAACAAAAAUGUGAACUUUCAGUUGGAAAAGUGAAACUUGCUACUCUUAGACAAUCAGAUGCAGAAAAUAAUACAACAGCUUUUUGUCCAAAUACAUUACAUCCAGCAGGGAUGCAAACACUACUUGCAAAGAAAUCAAAUGAUACGUGUUCAGACACUACCAAAAAAACUGAAGAUCAUAUACAACAGGAUUCUCAGAUUAAAAAUAAAGAAGGUAUUUUGAAUGAACCGGUUCUACAAAUGGUCACUGAAGUGUUGUAUCCAACUACACAAUUCCAAACUGGUGAUGAGACAAAAAAUAAAUCAACAAAAUCACCCAGGACCAGUAGUGAUGUUAAUGAAAAUGGUGUACAAACUGUGAAUUUUGCUGAAAAUAUAAACCAUAUAUUUUCUUUAGGAGAAGUAGUUACAAACUCUUCAUUAUGUAUUUCCAAAUUAAGUCUUUCUGAUACAACCACUAUCCAUGAAACCAACUCCCUGAUACCCAAAUAUACUCCACUGGGAGACAACAAGAAGCCUAAUAUUAUUAACCCUCCCCAUACUGUGACUAAUGCUCGAUUGCACAGUCCAAUACCAUGCAUUGAAGUCUCUUCAUCUAUGAAAAGUAGCAGAAAAGAAAAUCUAACUGAAACAAGGAAGGAAAAUAUAAAACAAACAAGAAAAUUACCACCCACAAACAUGCAAGCAUUAAAAGAAUUUUCAAAAAAAUCAGAACCUAUUUUCACAACUGAAAUUGUAACUUUGCCUUACAAUGAAACAGAUCAAGCAAAACAAUAUGAGGAUCAAAAUAAACAGAUGCCCAAUCUGUCUAAUGGCAUGAUUUUUGCAGUUAAGCAGCACAAUCUCAUGUUAAAGGAGGAACCUUCACAAAUACUAAAGGAAAAUGCUGAAAAACCAAUUUUACAGACUAAAAAUUUCAAACCAUUCAUCAGUUUGAGCCAAAAGCAAACUGUAGAAGGUGUUCAAAAAUCAGAGACUACUGUAUCUCCUAAAAUCCUAAUGCUGCCAGACAAUGAAUUACAAGAACUUAAAGAAGAUGAUGCUCAAAAUAAACACAAUUUAAAUAAUUCUAGAGAUUUAGUCAGCACUACUAAUCAGUUCAUAACUGUACUACAGAAACAACCUCAGCAAAUACAGAAGGGAAAUACUGAGAAAAUAGUUAGCUUACAAACAAGGAGGUCACAGUCAUUCACUAAUUUGUGUAAGAAGCAAAAACUGAAGAGAAUUCCACAAAAAUCAGAGUCUGAUAUUGUUCCUAAAACUCACAUCCUAUCAGAAAAUAAAUCAAAAGACAAGAAACAUGACGAUAAUCAGCACAAGCAUAUUCCGGACAAGUUUAAUGACUCAGUUAACUCAGCUGUGCAAGAGGAACAGUCUCAAGAAAUACUAAAGGAAGUUGCAGAGACAACAACAAUUUUACAAACUAAGCGCCCUGAGUCAUUCAUUGACUCAAAUGAAAAGCAAGAGCUGAAAGAAGUUCAGCAAAAACUACAAUCUGUUAUCACUGCUGAAAUCCUGACUGUUUCAUUCAAUGAUUUGCAUGAAAUAAAAGAUGAUUAUCAACACAAAGACUUAAAUGAUCAAUGUAGAGAUUCCAUCCAUGUAGCCAAACAGGGAGUGUUAAAGGAAUAUCUUCCUGCUGUUGAGCAAGCUACCAAAACUGAGAGUACUUCCUCAGCACAAAACAAUUAUCCAGGCGACACAUCUUAUAACAAAAGUAAACCAUGGAAAUACAAGGCAUAUAGUUAUGCUGACCCUUCAGUGGUUUCACAAUAUAAUCGUAGAGUAUUUGUGAAGGCCACUGAUGCAAUACAAUUUUCUUCACCACAAACAAGCUUUGAGUUUCCAUAAAUAUGGAAGACCAUUGGACAAAAGGUGAUAUAAUUUCUUGAAUGUGAAUGUCAAUUAGUAUUCUGGAGCAGUUGGUAUUCUAGUCAAGACAUUCAAUCUUAGAUUUUAAAUAGUAUUAAUAUAUCUUUUAAGCACCAUCAAUUGUUUGUAUUAAACGGGUUUUAUGAAUAACAGCUGAAUGCCACAGGCUUCAUUCCAAUGAUGCCAUUAAAAGAGCAUUGCUUUCAUAAGAAAAGAUUUGCCACAAAGUCACAAAUCUGCAAGAGAUAAAUUAGUCAGCCAUUUGCUCAUUGCAUUAAGAUAAAAAUUAUUACUCCUACACUUCUACUCCCUCUACAAUCAGUGAUUUGUCAAAUCAUUUUUCAUUAAAUUAUUGUCCUUUUAAGACAAACAUUUUUGUACUUAAUACUAAAUUGAUCAAAUUUAGAAAUUAACUACAAAAUGUGAUGGAACAAAAAUACAAAUUAUUUGGUUUUAUUGCUCAUACAAUACCUAUUGGAGGACAAAAGGCUUUUGUUGUAUUACAUUUGGAAAUUAACGUGUGCCAUUUUCAUCUACAGUGUGGCAAUAUAUUAAUUGCUUACUACUUUCUUCAUUUAAGAAGUAGUACAAAGCAUGUAAAAUUAUAAGCUGAAAUACUUUCAGCAUUCCACUAACAAGAAAUAUAGUUCUUAAUAUGGAAGAGACACAGACAUUAAAAAAGGGCAAGGUCAGAUCAAUCAUGAUCUUCUUGAAUGACUAAACAAAGCCAACAGCCUUCUCUGCUUGUAUUUAUUAAAUUCUAAGGUAUAAUAGUUGUCUUUUUUUAUACUGUGGUCAGUCACAGAUUAUUCCACACUUAAAUCCUGAUGCAGUCAAUUCAAGACUGUUUUUUUAUUCACUCAUGGGAUAUGGGCAUCGCUGGAAAGACCCACAUCUGUUGCUCAUCCCAAACUGCUCUUGCGAAGGUAAUGGUGAGCUGCGUUUUGAACUGCUAUAGUCCAUUUGGUGCUGUUAGGGAGGGAUUUACAGUGACAGUGACAGAACAGCAAUACAUUUCUAAUCUAGGAUGGCAAGUGGCUUGGAGAGGAACUUGAGGUGGUAAUGGUGUUUGAGUUGAUUGAAACUUAUAGAGGUCUGAGCAACAUGAGCUAAGGUGAGAUUUGUGGCAGAUUUGAACAAGAAGCCCAAUGAAAUGUUUCUUUUUGCAUCUUUUAUGCAUUUGCUGAGUGGUGAGACAUGUUUUUCACUAGACAGUAGCAUAUUGCCAAUAAAGCAGAAUUACAGCUUGUUAAAUGCCAUAUUAACACCAUAUCUGAACUUAUUAAUGUUUAACUUCACAUCUGACCAAAUGCACUGAACAAGUUAGACAUUGAAAAUUCCUGACAAUUCCAAAUGGGUAACUGUGAUUUCAACUCACUUCUUGUUCCAAAGGACCACCACAUUGGAUUCUAGGCACCAACAUCUUAGGGCAUUCAACAUGGAUACAGGCCACGUGCAUCUUUGGUCCAUAGAUGUUGGCAUCCAACAUGUGCUACCCUCUAAGAACCCUCUUGGCACAUCUUUGAUCCACUUACAGGAUGCUUCUGAACUUCAAUGCUGCACCAAUAACUAUCAUGUAAUGCUGAAACAAGGACACUGUGUGCUCAGAAACCCACCUGCAGCUCAUGGACUUGUCCAGGGCGCAUCUCUGGGCCCUUCACUUGCUGCCAUACUGCUCACUCACCCUGAACCUACCUGAAUUCUUGCAGCAUCCCUACCAUACAAUCUUGCAAUUUUGUGCAGACACAUGGUUAGGAAACUUGUUGUGGUUGUCAGCAGUCAUCACUAAAGUCAAGAGAAAUAGUAUUUAGACAGCGGUUCCUUGCAAUGUAAGACAAGGGCAGCUUCUGAUACUAGUCCAGUGGCUUGUACAUGGUCAGUCAGUUGCUUGGAACAGUCAGAAUAAGGAUGUUCUCCGCAUAAGAAGUGAGGAACUAAAUGUUGGGCAGCCUGCCGAUCAUAUUAAAUUAUUUUCCUCUUGGAAUGAGAGACGUAUUAUAGGAGAUGAAAGUGAUUGACACUGCUGUUACUUUUGAUGUAGGUGGGGCAAUCUUUCACAAAAGUAACUAGGUAGUAUAAAGGGCAAGUGGAGUUAGUGGUGUGGAGGGUUGGGAUGGGUGAGAGCAAGUAAGAAAGAUUUUGCAUGUGAAAGUAAAAAUGGUAGAGAAUGAGCUUUGGUUGGAGAUGGGUGCAGUAGCAAAGAUAGAAUGAGUGUAAGAUAUCAACAAGAAGAUGGUGGCAGAGCAGAGAAUGUCGUUAAGUUACUUCCUACAGUGCUGGAUAUUCCCCCAGGUGGCUGAAGCUCUACUGAUCCUGGUGGUAACCUUGUGCCAGACUGGCAGGGUUUAGUAUUGUGGCCUCCACUGCUGGUCUUGAGGGAAGAAAAGGUACUCUGCCUGCAAAGUGGGGUGCCAACAUCUCUUUGCCAGGUCCAGUUAUUUUGGCAAUGGCACAUGACAAAAUGGGGGAGAAUGGGAUGAGAGGGCUGUUACAGGGGCGACAUAAGUAGUUCAUGUGGUAUGUUUGAUAAGAUGCAACAAGGAAUCUCAUUGGGCCUCAUGGUGAGAAUCUCUCAAAAAAAUCAAAACAACUUGCAUUUAGCCAAAAAUGGAAAUUCAUCUCUAUGUAUUUGCAGCAUUUGUCCUUCUUGAUGGUAGUGGCUAUGAGUUUGGAUGUUGCAGUGCAUCUUGUAGACAGUAUACAGUGCUACUACUGAGCAUCGGUGAUGAAGGGAGCAAAUGCUUGUAGAUGAAUAAACAAUCAAGUGGGCUCCUUCGUCCUGGAUGGUGUCGAGUUUCUUGAGUAUUGUUGGAGUUGCACUCAUCCAGGCAGGUGGGGAAUAUUCCUUCACAUUCCUGACUUGUGCCUUGUAGAUGAUUGACAGGCUUAUUGCUGUCUCUCUUCCUCAAUGAAUGUCAUGUGCACUGCUUGCAAACUCAAAUUUCCUAACCGGCCUUUGCCUGAACUUUUAACCACAUAGCGCCUCUAUCAAAAGGGCAUCUACUUUCAUCUCUAUGACAUUACCCACUUGGUCUACCUUAGUCUAUCUGCUACUGAAAUCAUCAUCUAACCUUCAUCACUUCAAAAUUCAGUUCUUCCAAUGAGGUCCCAGCCACCUCAGCAAACACGAAGACAUCAAAAACCUUGCUACCUUUAUUCUAUUUGCAUAAAGCCCCCAUCACUAUCAUCCUUUAUGUUGAAUAAAAUGGGUGAAUAAAGAUAUUGAGGCUCGAGUCAAGACCAAAAAAAAAUCAACAGGGUUCAAAUUAAUCUCUUGAACAGUAUAAAGUGUGUUGGGACAUUCUUAAGAGAGAGAUCUGAAAGGCACACAGAAGAUACGAGAUAACCUUGGCAAAUAAGAUUUAAGGAUAAUUCAAAGAAAUUCUACAAACACAAUAAGAACGAGAAAGCAGCUAGAGCGCACAGGUCCCCUCAAAGAUCAAAGAGGUUUGUCUUUGUUUUGAGCCUCAGUAGAUGGGAGAGAUAUUAAAUAAUUUUUUUUCCAGUUUUUACUAUAAAAGAAAGAAAUGGAAGCUAGCAAACUCAAGGAUACAAAUAUUGAUGCUUUGAUAACAGUUGAUGUUACAAAAGACGAAGUGCUGGAGGUCUUAGAAAAUAUAAUGGUGGAUAAAUCUCUGGCAUCUGAUCUAGUGUAUCCCAGGGCUUUAUGAGAAGUGAGGGAGGAAAUUGUGGGGCCCCUUGCAGAAAUAUUUCUAUUAGCUACCAGUGAGGUGCUGGACGACUGGAGGGUGGCAAAUGUUGUGCCUUUGUUUAAGAAAGGAUGGAAGGAGAAGCCCGGGAGCUGUGAGUCUGACUUCAGUGGUGGGUAAGUUGUUGAAAGUGAUUCUGAAAGAUAGGAUUUAUAUGCUUUUGGAGAGGCAAGGAAUGAUUAUGGAUUGUCAGCAUGGUUUUGUGUGAGGGAAAUCAUAUCUCACAAUGUUGACUGAGUUUUUUGAAGAAGUAACUAAGUUUGAUGAGGGCAGAGCGAUAGACAUUGUUUAUUUAGGAGUUUGGCAAGGCCUUUGACAGGGUUACAUAUGGUAGACUACUUAGUAAAGUUAGAUCACAUGAUUCAUGGUGAGUUGCCAACUGGAUACAAAAUUGACUUAAUGGCAGGAGACAGAGAGCGAUGGUGCAGGGUUAUUUUUCAGAUUAGAGGCCAGUGACCAGCAGCGUUUCACAGGGAUCAGUGCAAGGGCCAUUUAUUUGUCAUUAAUAUAAAUAAUUUAGAUGAGAAUAUAGAAGGCAUGUUUAGUAAGUUUGUAGAAGACACAAAGAUCGGUGGUAUAGUGAACAGUGUAGAGGGUUAUUUAAGGUUACAAAGAGUAGCAAAUGGAGUUUAAUUUGGAUAAAUGCGAGGUAUUAUAUUGGGUAAAACAAAGGCAGACCUAUACAAUUAAAAGUAGGACCUUGGGUAAUGUCGUAGAAUAGACAGACCUAGGGGUUUAAGUACAUUUCAAAGUUUGCAUCACACGUAGACAGGGUGGUUAAGAAGGCAUUAAGCAUGGUUUCCUUCAUUGCUCAGACCUUUAAGUAUAGUAGUUGGGAUGUUACGUUGAGGUUAUACAGAACAUUGCUGAGGCAUCUUCUGGAAUAUUGUGUCCAGUUCUGGUUGCCCUGUUAUUGGAGGGAUAUUAUUAGGCUGGAAAGGGUUCAGAAGACAUUUACAAGAAUGUUGCCAAACGUGGACUGUUUGAGUUAUGUGAGGCUGGACUCACUAGGACGUUUUCACUGGAGCAUAGAAGGUUGAGCGGUGACUUUAUGGACAUUUAUAAAAUCACGAGGGAUGUAGGUAAGGUGAAUGGCAGGUUUCGUUUCCCCGGGGUGAGAGAUUUUGAAACCAGGGUGCAUAUCUGAGAGGAGAAAGAUUUAGAAAAAGACACAAGGGGCAAUUUUUUUCACACAGAAAGUGGUUCGUAAGUGGAAUGAAUUUCCAGAGGAAGUGGUGGAUGCGAUAAAAGUCUUUUAAAUGUGGUAAUUGUAAGCACAUGAAUGAGGAAUGUUUGGAGGGACAUGGGCCAAAUACUGGCAGGUGGGACUAGGUUAGUUUGGGAUUAUAGUCGGCAUGGAUUGGCUGGAUCGAAAGGUCUGUUUCCAUGCUGUAUGACAGUCUAACUCUAAAAUAAUGUAAAACUUUAUUUUAUACUCAGAUCAAUAUUUGGAAGAUCUACU